AUGAAUUCUCCUAUUACAUCUUCCGAUUUCACCAUGGGCGUCCCGAGAAAACACUUCGAGUACCAGAGAUUACAUUGGCUAUCGACGACCAGCAAAAUUAUCGACCUGGUCCGGAAACUCGACUCGGACAACAUCCGACGCGUAGCCGAGGAAAUCAUGAGCCACGACGUUGUCUGGUGCCGUGGCCCUUUCUGCGAGGCCGUGAUGCUUGCCCAGUCGGUCUCCCCAGAUCUGAGCACUCUCUACGCCGCCUUGGUCGCCGCCGUCAACUCCAGAUUCCCGGACGUGGGCCUCCUGCUCGUGAAGCGCGUCGUUUUACAAUUAAGGACGACUUACAACAGCCGUAACAGGAAAAAGAUGUUGGUAGCCUCCAGAUUUCUGGCCCAGCUAGUGAACCAGGCGGUCGCGUACGAGGUCCUUGCCUUGGACGUCUUGCAGCUUCUGUUAAUCGGACCGCCCAGCCACACAACCGUGUAUGUUGCCGUGCGAUUCUGCGUGGAGUGUGGGUCGCUGUUGAUGGAUCGAGCACCGUGCAGGCUGCGUCUCAUUUUAAUGGAGUUCCGUCUGAUUCUGAGGAAGGGGUUGCUGAGCAGGCGGGCCCAGGUGUCGAUUAAGAGGCUUUUGGGGGCGGCUAAGGGGAACAGGUUCAGGAAGUACUCGGAGGGGUUGGACUUUGUUGAGGAUGGGGAAAGAGUUACUCACGAGGUGUCGUUGCUGCACGACAUUCGGGCCGAGUCGAGUCUCGACAGCUUUCAGUCGGGUCCCGGCAUUCGAUGA